UAUGAAUUAAAAGCUGCAUCUGAAGCAACGAAAUUAAGCGGAAACACGUUUUGUUUAAAGAUCAAAGAUUAUAGAUUAUUACAAAAAUUUAAUUUUUUGAACGGUUAUCGCGUAGUACGUGAUAGCAAUAUUGGUAUCGGAGGAAGACCGUUAGACGCUGCAUCCAGUGCGUACAUAAAGGAGGAGGCGGGUUCCGCACACUAUGAUCCAUCCUUAACGUACGGUCGCGUGAAGGGAUACGCGUGUCGACAGUUCAUCCCACACUAUGCGGUGUUCGCCCAAAAGUGUCUCUGUUUUAAAGCAUUCUUCCGCCAAGGAGUGUUCAACUCACCGGAUGAACACUUUCGUAUACGACACGUCAAUAUAUUGUAUUUUUUGGAGGACGAUACCGUAUGUGUGAUAGAGCCUCCGGUUGACAAUGCCGGCUUCCCUCAGGGGAAACUCGUUAGACGGGGCAAAAUUGAGAAAAAUGUAAACGGUGAUACGUUUCAUUGGAAGGAUUUUAACGUUGGAAUCGAUGUAUGUAUUUAUGGAGUAGUUUAUCAUAUUAUCGAUUGCGAUCUAUUUACUAGAGAGUUUUUAAGCAGUCAGGGUAUAGACGUUGGAGAUAAAGAAGAACCUCCUGUAGAUCCAUAUAUGGAACUACGUGCCAGCAAACUGAGAAUACCGACUUGCGUCACUAAAGUUCCGGACGAUGUUAGACGAAGAUUUUUGGAAUACGAUUCGAUGGUCUUGUCGUUCACCGCGACUUGGAACGACGACGUUUAUAGAAUUAUGUAUUUCCUAAUGGACGACACGAUAGCCGUUCGCGAGAUACAAAAACCUAACAGUGGAAAGGAUCCUGUACCGAUGCUGUUGAAAAGGAUGAAAGUGCCGAAGGAUUGGAAGAAUUUACCAUCGUCUUAUCCGGCCGCGUACAUGGAAUACGGUGAUCCAGAGAUCCUCGAAUACUAUACACCAAAGGAUUUUAUAAUAGGCGGCACAAUUUUUAUAUUCAAUCGACGAUUCUUUUUACACGAUUGCGAUUCUUUUACGCGAAAAUAUUACUCGGAUAUGCUGGGAAUGCCACAACCGGAGAAAAUACCCCUUCCAAGGGAAGACGUCAAGUCCGCGCCGGAAUAUAAACCUCCACCGCAUAUAAUUUUCGGUACUACGGAGGACACUUAUGUCUCUUGCCUCUCGUUCAUGCCUCGACCACCCAAGAAGGAUGUGAUUCGGCAACUUCUUAAUUUCCCGAAAACAUUACGUUAUUCUAUGAAAAUGGACGCAGUACACCCGGAGGACGAGGAUCGCGAUUUCAUUUUAGAAUACAGUUUAAGCGAAGGGACAAUACUGAUACAAGAGCUCGAGAAGCGUAAUUCGGGGCGUCGCGAGGGUUGCUUCCUAAAAGCGACGCUCGUCCCGAAACCGAAGACUGGAAGAGACAAUCCGAAAUAUUAUACGCCUCAGGAUUUCUACAUCGGCGCAAAGAUCAACAUCUUCAAUCACUAUUUUAUCAUAACCGGCGCCGAUCUUUUCGUCUAUCGUUAUGUCGAAGCGAACCCUGAAAAGUUCCCACCGGAGGUACGAGACACGAUUCGCGAUUGUCUAGUAAAGCAGAACUUGCUCUCCGAAGACAUUGAGGUGACGGCGAAAAUGAUCCAAGAUAAAAAGGAGGCCGAACAGCAAGCGGUGAAACCGGCUGAAGCUACUAUUGAAAGAGACGUCGAUAUGAAAGAAUGCAUAAAGGAUUUCGAGGAGCAAGCUAAGUGUAGAUACGAAGGAGAACACGGUGAGUUGAGGCCACGUACACCGCCACCGGAAGAGCUAUGUCCGGGUUUAGCAAACCCCGAACCGUUGCCCUAUUCCUAUCAGAAUCCAAGCACCGUAAAGAAAGAAGUACGGUGGGACGACGGGGUGAAGCAACAAUAAAAAGUGUAUCAUUCUUGAUUAGUAACUACGUCCAAUACAAUAUCUUGGACUGUACCGAAUAUACAAACAUGCGAUUUGCAUUGCACAUUGUAUUCGAUUGCAAAAUGAAGUUCAGAUAAAUCUUUGGGAUUCAAACGAACAUUUAAAUAAAAUUCUAAAGUAUGACUUGAAGAGAGUAAUAUUUUUAAUAAUGAUUUCUCAUGAAACAGCUAUCAGUUCAACGAAACUUGUUAAAUGUAGCUCAAAUAAAAUACAGAAAUUUGAUAUACA